AUGCUAAACAACUGUUAUACCCUUCGUCAUAGUCCUGUAUUCAGAAAUCCAAUUUCGAAUGUAGCAGUUUAGUAAUUAACUACUCUAAUUAAUGAAACCGCAAAUAGGUCACCUCCACUUCAACCCAAAGUCAAAAAGAUAAUUGGAAUUAAAAAAAAAUCAUUGGUCGAUCACUAAUUACCUUUAUGUGAUGUACCCUUUCAAAUUAAUUUUUUUGCAUAAAAUGAAAAUGAUCUCUCCUGUUCAAAUAGAAGCAAUAUUUAAACCAAUAGAUAAUUUAGUAGAAAUUAAAGAACUUAAAGUGUUUACACAUGUAACAAAGAAAACUUUGUAAGAAGCCCAACAAGAAGCCCAUUUUCUAAACCAAUUAUAUAUAAAGAUUGCUAUACUCCAAUUUAUAAAAGGAGUCCAAUCUAAAGAGUAUAAUCUCCUGGAAUAAUAGGGGAAAUUAGGUAGACAAAUUAAAGAAGGUUUGGCUCCGCAAGUCCUUUGAAGAUCUAACAAAAACCUAAUUAAAGAGAGCCCUUGUCUGAAAUGGUGGAUAAUUUAAAACACAAUAUUAUGAGAGACAUUUAAGAAGUAACAAAAAAAUAUUCAAAUACAAUUUUACAAGGCAAUUUAUAACCAGAGAGGUUCAAUCAGGAACAAAGAGAAGUAAGGUAUACUGAUAUCAAACCUUAAGAAUUGAAAAAAUAGAAGUAUCUGGAGCAAUAAGCUCUAAUACUGCAAUAAUAAUUGGAAUUAAUCAAAUCAUAAUAAUCAAAGUUAGUUAUACCAAAUAAACAGUCUUUGUACUCCCAAUAUAAUUCCAAAAAUGCAACAUUCGACCCAAACAAAUUAUAUCAAUAAAGAUAGAAUGACUUAACUUUUUUAAGGUCAAUGGAAAAUCAAAACUGCUCACAAUCUUUUGCAGAUUAAUAAAGCAAUUUCUAAAGUCUUAGAUAAGAUUAAACUCAAAAAAUUAAAUAAAUUUAAGAAAUAAAAAAUUGUACAUAUGAUCCUCAAUAUUAAAUUUAAGGAGCCUAAUAAUAAUAAUUUGAAGAAUGGAUGCCGAUCUAAAGCACUAUUAAAUAUAAUUAUUAAAUCGAUAAUUUACAACAAUUGAAUUACAAAAUUGAGUCUAUUCAAAAUUAUUAAAAUCAAUAAUCUGUCAACUCUAAAAAUUAAGAAUGCAAGUCUUUAGAUGAGUUUUGUCGAAAAACAAGAUAUUAAGAGUAAAAAAUACAAGAUCUGAACUAAGAAAAAUAAGCAUUAAACUAAUAUCAAUCUCCACCCAAUUUUAAUUAAGAAAAGAAAUUUCUAGUAUUUUAAACUGGAAGAAAUGGCUAUUCCCCAAUUAAAAAUAAAGAAUAAUUUACAGCCAACAAAGAAACAACUCUUCAUAUGUUGAAUAAUAAUAAAUAAAUGUUAUCAACAUUAAAUUCUUAAAAUGAAUUAUAAAAAUUAAAGAAUUUAUAAUUAGAGUUGAUGCAGAAUAAACCAUUAUUUUAAUAACUUAAGCCUUCAAAAAUUGAAUUCAAUUUUAAUUUAAAGUAAGAGAUAUUAGAUCUCAAAAUUGAAAAAAAUUAACUUAGUACUUUGUAAUAAUCCUCAAGAACUCAAUAUGGGAGUGCAGAUAAAAAUGUUUAAUAAUAAUAAUUAUCAAAAUUCACUCAGCUUUAAAAUUAAUAAGAGUAUGUGUAAGAAAUAAGUAAAUAAUUAUAAUAAUAAUAAAAAGUACCUGCUUAUUUGAAAGGGGCUGAUGAUACGGAUGAUGAUUUUAAUAAUCAAAUUACUAUUAGCAAUUUGUCAUCGAUUAUUCCUGCUGAAAUCUCAGCCAAUUAGAACAAGAAGAUUAAUGUAUCUUUCGAAAGUAGUGUUGAAUAAUAAUAAUUUGAGUCUCUAAAAGGGUCUGAUUGCCGAAACACUUUUGGGCCUUUACAAUUGGAAAUCAUUUUGAAAUCUCCAAAAAGUCAUCAUGAAAUUAUACCUUAAUAUCUGUCGCCUUGCCAACCUGAGUUUGAUCUAAAUAGUUAAAUGAAAUAUGAAUAAAAUCUUCAAAACUAUUAAGACAUAUUAUUUUAUGAUGAAUAAAAUAAUGUACUAAAUAGACAAUUAACUAAUAAUAAUGAAAGUGAGAAGAAAUAAUCUGCAUUAAAUUAGGAUGAGGGCACAAAACUUUGCAAUAUAAUUGAAUAGAUAGAGACUAUUGAAAAGGUAGUCAAAUCUCAAUCAAUAUAAUCAAAAGAUUAGAAAGAACUUGAAAACUAAUCAAAUGAAUGUAAAAUUUAAAACAGUAACUCAACGCAUCAAACAAAAAGUCCAUAGAGUACUAGCAAUAUUAUGUACAAAUAAGCUUAUAGUCCAAUUGAGUAAUUUUUAAAGGAAAGUUCAAGUAAUCGAAUUGCUACAAAAGAAAGUGAAGAAAAUAAAAAUUAGAUUAAAUCUCAGUAAAGUUUUUUAGAUCAUCAAAACUAAGAUAAAAUAUGUUCUGGCCAAAGCUAAAGGUAUAAUGACUACAAAGAUGAAUAUAACUAAUUUGAAAAAGAAAAAUAAGAAUAAGAUGUCUCGUUAAAUAAUUCAUCAAGAUAUGAAUAAAUGUUAUAAAAUUUCUAAAGUAUGAAAAAUUAAUCUAGAAUCAAUUAUUAAUAAGAAAAUCAAACAUAUAAAGUGUCUAUGUAAAUGAAUGAAUGUGAUCAUAUUAGUGAUUUUGUGAUUUUUAGCGAUAAAUAAAAUGAAAAUUAAUAAGAGAUAGUUAAAAAGAAAACCGUUACAUUUAAUAAACAAUUAAUUUAACAAUCUCCUAUAAAUAAAGUUAAAGUCCAGGCUGGAACGAAUUUCAGUGAUUUUAUGAAGGCAAAUGCCUUGGACAUUCUCUCUUCUGACUCUAUACCAGUAAUUCCUUAAGAUACCUUAAUUUUGACAUAAUUAUAACCAAAAGGAGGAAUAAGUAAUACAUAAUGUUAUUUUAAGGUUUUUUAUAAUAUAAGCAAUAAUUAGAAAAUUGA